AUGGCAAGCCCGACUUCUGGCUACUCCAUAAACGUUAAUGACCCAAGCUUGAUCUCGCUGGUCAACAAGCUGCAGGAUGUCUUCUCCACAGUUGGUGUGCACAACCCUAUUGACUUACCACAAAUUGUCGUCGUCGGAUCGCAGUCCAGUGGAAAGAGUUCAGUGCUAGAGAACAUUGUCGGUCGUGAUUUCUUGCCCCGUGGAUCAGGAAUUGUUACCAGACGACCUCUUAUUUUGCAGUUGAUCAACAAGACUCCUAGCCCCCAAACGAACGGCGAGAAGAAGCUGGAUACAACGGACAGCGAGUCGAACGUCGACGAGUAUGGCGAAUUCCUGCACAUCCCCGGCCAGAAGUUCCAUGACUUCAACAAGAUUCGUGACGAGAUUGUUCGUGAAACAGAGAGCAAAGUCGGCCGCAAUGCCGGAAUCUCGCCUGCUCCGAUCAACCUGCGCAUCUACUCGCCGAACGUUCUCACCCUGACACUAGUUGAUCUUCCCGGUCUGACCAAGGUACCCGUUGGAGACCAGCCUAAGGAUAUUGAGCGCCAAAUUAGAGAUAUGGUGCUCAAAUAUAUCAGCAAGCCCAACGCUAUUAUCCUGGCAGUGACAUCUGCUAACCAGGAUUUGGCCAACUCGGAUGGUCUGAAGAUGGCACGUGAGGUGGAUCCCGAGGGACAGCGCACCAUCGGUGUGUUGAGUAAGGUUGAUCUGAUGGACGAGGGCACCGACGUUGUAGACAUUCUUGCUGGGCGAAUCAUUCCUCUGCGCCUCGGUUACGUGCCGGUUGUCAACCGUGGUCAACGUGACAUUGAGAACAAGAAGCCCAUCGCUGCCGCUCUGGAGAACGAGAAGAACUUCUUCGAGAAUCACAAGGCCUACCGGAACAAGGCAUCUUACUGCGGAACACCCUACCUGGCUCGCAAGCUCAACUUGAUCCUGAUGAUGCACAUCAAACAAACUCUCCCCGAUAUCAAGGCCCGCAUUUCCGCCUCCCUCCAGAAGUACACACAAGAGCUUGCUCAGCUUGGCGAUUCGAUUCUUGGAAACAGCGCCAGCGUCAUUCUCAAUAUCAUUACGGAAUUCAGCAAUGAGUAUCGUACUGUCUUGGAAGGAAACAACCAGGAGCUAUCCAGCAUCGAAUUAUCGGGUGGUGCUCGUAUCAGCUUCGUGUUCCACGAGCUCUACUCAAAUGGCAUCAAGGCUGUUGAUCCUUUCGACAUCGUGAAAGACAUUGACAUUCGCACUAUCCUUUACAAUUCCUCCGGUUCAUCCCCUGCGCUGUUCGUCGGCACAACUGCCUUUGAGUUGAUUGUCAAGCAACAGAUCAAGCGCUUGGAAGAUCCUAGUAUGAAGUGUAUUGCUUUGGUUUACGAUGAGCUGGUGCGCAUCUUGAGCCAGCUUCUGAACAAGCAGCUUUUCCGCCGGUACCCCAUGCUGAAGGAGAAGUUCCACGCCGUGGUUGUCGCUUUCUUCAAAAAAUGCAUGGACCCCAGCAACAAAUUGGUGAAGGAUCUUAUCAACAUGGAGGCAACCUAUAUCAACACCGGUCAUCCCGAUUUCCUCAACGGCCACCGCGCAAUGACUCUUGUCAACGAGCGCUCACAAGCAUCUAAGCCCACACAGGUAGAUCCCAAGACCGGCAAACCUCUGCCAGCCCGUUCCCAGAGCCCAUCUCUGGAUACAACCGGCGAAGCUACCAACGGUAGUGGAUUCUUCGGCAGCUUCUGGGCUACAAAGAACAAGAAGAAGAUGGCUGCUAUGGAGGCCCCCCCACCAACUCUGAAGGCCUCUGCCAGCUUGUCUGAACGUGAAUCCCAGGAGGUGGAAGUCAUCAAGCUCCUCAUUACCUCUUACUUCAACAUCGUUAAGCGGACAAUGAUCGAUAUGGUCCCCAAGGCUGUCAUGUAUACCCUGGUUCAAUUUACCAAGGACUCAAUGCAGUCAGAACUCAUGGAGCAAAUGUACCGCAACAACGAGUUGGAUGAGUUGCUAAAGGAGAGCGACUACACUACUCGCCGGCGGAAGGAAUGCCAGCAGAUGGUCGAGAGUCUGGGUCGUGCCAGCGAGAUUGUUGCCCAAGUCCAGUAA